CCGAGUGUCAUGUACGCCGUGACAACAUCCAACGGAGCAGGUACGUUCGUUUUAAUUCCGCGUUGUGUUUGUGAAACCACGCGAGGAGAGAUUUACAUCUGAAAAGCCACUUUAGCUGUUAGCGGCGCGGUGCUAACCGGCUAGCUGGGGAUGAAGCAAGGGCAUAAACAGAGAUCUGUUUCAACUCUGUAGCUGCAUCGAGUGUGAAGCACUGACAGAUUCCAAGCUGCUCCCCUGACUGCUGCUCUUCUCCAUGAGGUACAGAGGAGCACAGAUCUGUCGCUGGGCUCAUGGCUCGUGCUGUCUUUCCCGCCUCUCCCUCUCUGGAUCUCUGUGUGGCAGAAUUACUUUAGUCCGUACCUACAGUGCUCGUCAUGAGCCAAGCUCCCCACCAACCCCUAACCCUGCACUCCCUGAGGGGAAGGGUGGAGCUGAGGUGGUUAAGGAGCGAGCCCUGGCUGCCCUACAGUAUGCAGGUGAGCUGGGGCGACAGUGGGGUCAGAGGUCGGCUCAAACGGCCACUGCCUCAAUCAACUACUGGUGGGAGAGGUACGAGGAGUUUGUCGGGCUCAACGAGGUCCGGGAGGCUCAGACCAACGUCACUGAGGCUGAGGCAGCGUUCAUGGUGGCCAGAGGGAUGGUGCGUGAGGCACAUGCCAGCCUGGAGGCCCUGCAGAGCCGGCUGAAGGAGGUCCGAGACCGGCUGGACCGAGUGUCUAGGGAGGAGUCUCAUUACCUGGAGCUGGCAACACUGGAGCACAAACUGCUGCAGGAGGAGCGGCGUCACCGGACAGCGUAUGAGAAUGCUGAGGGUUCAGAGAGGGAGAAGUUCAAUUUGUUUUCAGCAGCCGUCAGAGGGAGCCACGAAAAGGAGAGGACAAGAGCCGAACGGACCAAGAACUGGUCCAUCAUUGGCUCGGUGCUGGGAGCCCUGAUAGGGGUCAUGGGAUCAACGUAUGUGAACCGUGUCCGUCUGCAGGAGCUGAAGAGUCUGCUGCUGGAGGCCCAGAAAGGUCCAGAGAAUCUGCAAGAAGCUCUCAAAGUCCAGGCUGGAAACCAUCGCUCCCAGCAGGACGAGCUCCAAACUCUCAUUGACAGCCUCAAGGUCACUCUGACUGACGCCUUCACACAGAGGAGCGCCGUCGUCCAAGUCCAGAGAGCUCCAGCUCCAGAGUCACCCAGUGUGCCUGUUUCAGCCUUAAAAGACUUCACCAUAUUUAGCCAAAGGACACAGUCCCUGCUCGAGUCCCUCCAACCACAACUGGGUCAACUGGAGCAAGGACUUGGUAGAGUUGAGAGCAAAUUGUCUUUGAUGAAAGAGCUGCUGGAAGCCAAACCACAGGCCGAAGCACAAGCUCGAGAGCUGCAGGUAGAGAGACCAAAGAGAGAAGAGAGAGUGGACCUGUGGGAAUCUGAGGCGGCGACCAGGCAUCUUGAGGAGACGCAGAGGACGCUGGGAGAACGAAUAAGGACAAAUACUAUUUAUAAUGCUGUGUUUACCUACACCGCCACCGCCAUCACCAUCUCUGCCGUCUACCUGAUGCUCAGGGGAGCCGGUUAAACGUGAUACCAUCAGUCUGAGUAUGUCCACAUGCACUGAUACAUUACCAGACUCUGGCAAAAUAGAAUCUGAAUUGUGUAAGUUUGUUUGUAAGUGAAUCUUUAAUGAACGAGUUACAGGUACAUUGAGCUGCUGUGCCACUGAACCAAUAAAGCUGCUUUUAGAUACUUUAUGAUCUCAAGAUAAAAUGUUAACAGAAUUGAAUGGACCAUAUUUUCUCUCUACGAUUCUGCCUGUAGGAUUCAUUUCUCCAUUUUAAAAUGGCUCAAUGCUCAGAUACGUAAGGAGAUCACACGGCAUGGUUCCCUGAUUCUCUUCAGAUAAUUGAGAUGAAGAAAAACAUUCUUUAUUAAAAUAAUUAAAUUCUGAUUAAUCACUGUAGUUCUCGCUGUAAAAUGUUGUAAAAUUAUAUCAGAAAAUGUCUGAAAAUGUUAAUGGGGUUUGGCAGACUCUCCUCCAGUACUCUACCUCCAGAGCUGCUCUGUGCCGUCAUGUUGGCCUUCAUACCGUUGACAGUGUGCACUAAGCUGAUGGUGAUGAAGAUGAUCACGUUGCAGUUCAAUUCAAACCACUCUCAACGCUGUUUAUUCCUGAGUGUACCAAGAUACUUCAUGGCUUGAUUUGCUAAAUGCUUCGCUGAUUAAUCGUUUGGUUCAUAAAAUCCACUUGAUCCAGAUUUUAAUUUUUAUUGCAUAAACUCAUUGAUACCAAAUCCCUAAACAUGUCUGAAUUUUUUCAUCCAGAUUGUCACAUCAUUCCGAGAAAUCGGGGAAAAUGUUGAGGAAUGAGCUCCUCUGAGUGCCAUGCU